GCGGCCUUCACCUGCAUAAAGAACCUGUGGAACCGGAAGCCUCUAAAGGUUUAUGGUGGACGGAUGGCUGAAUCCAUGUUGGCCAUCCUAUGCCACAUCCUUCGUGGAGAGCAUGUUAUCCGAGAGAGACUAAGCAAGGAAAAAGAGGGAGCAAAAGGAGAGGAGGAAUCUGGGCAGGAAGAAGGCACCUCCCGCCGAGAACCUCAAGUGAACCAACAGCAACUACAGCAGCUAAUGGAUAUGGGGUUCACAAGAGAACAUGCUAUGGAAGCCUUAUUGAACACUAGCACCAUGGAACAAGCCACUGAGUACCUGCUAACACACCCUCCACCUCUCAUUGCUGGUAUUGUUAGAGAUCUCAGUAUGUCUGAAGAGGACCAGAUGAUGAGAGCUAUUGCCAUGUCUCUGGGACAGGACAUCCCAAUGGAUCAGAGAAUGGAAUCACCUGAGGAAACUGCUUGUAGGAAGGAGGAAGAAGAGCGGAAGACCCGAGAAAAACAAGAAGAGGAAGAGGCAAAAUGUCUGGAGGAAUUUCAGGGUGCUGAACCCCUAGAACCAGAAGAACUGUAUAAUUUCACGGACAGCAUGUUACCAGGCUGCUUCCACCUCCUGGAUGAGCUUCCAGACACUGUGUACUGGGUGUGUGAUCUAAUCAUGACUGCCAUCAAACGCAAUGGAGCUGAUUACCGAGACGUGAUUCUGAAUCAGGUGGUCAGUCAGGUAUGGGAAGCAGCUGAUGUUUUGAUCAAAGCUGCUCUUCCUUUGACAACUAGUGACACAAAAACUGUGUCUGAGUGGAUCAGCCAGAUGGUCACCCUUCCUCAGGCUUCAAAUUUGGCUACCAGGAUUUUACUGCUUACGUUACUCUUUGAGGAACUGAAGCUGUCCUGUGCUCGAAUAGUUGAAUCUAGUGGGAUCCUCAACAUCUUGAUCAAACUGCUGGAAGUAGUACAGCCCUGCCUACAGGCUGCCAAAGAGCAAAAGGAGGUCCACACCCCAAAGUGGAUCACUCCAGUACUCCUUCUGAUAGACCUCUAUGAGAAAACAGCUGUUUCCUCCAAAAGGAGAGCACAGAUGAAUAAGUAUCUACAUGCUAGUAGCAAUAAUUGGCGUUGGUUUGAUGAUCGAUCUGGACGUUGGUGUAGCUAUAGUGCAAGCAACAAUAGCACAAUCGAUACAGCCUGGAAAGCUGGGGAGACAAGUGUUCGAUUCACAGCAGGGAGACGGAGAUACACAGUCCAGUUCACUACAAUGGUACAGGUCAAUGAAGAAACUGGAAACCGGCGUCCUGUUAUGUUGACCCUAUUAAGAGUUCCUCGGCCAAAUAGAAACUCAAAAAACACCCCUGGGCAAGAACUGAAUAGUGCUAUGGAAGAAGGCAGAGAAGUACAUAUUGAGCCAAAGGAAGGAAAAGUCAAUGAACUGUCCUUGACUCCAGAAGUUCCUUGCCUUGAGAAGGAGAUGACUGUUGAGGAUACCAAGUUAGGAGAUAUCCUGAUCCAGGGUCUUACAGAAGAAAUGGUGACCAUCUUGAUCCGAGCUUGUGUGAGCAUGCUGGGUGUCCCUGUGGACCCAGACACACUGCAUGCCACAUUGCGCCUCUGCCUAAGGCUCACUCGAAACCACAAAUAUGCUAUGAUGUUUGCAGAGCUGAAGAGUACUAGGAUGAUCUUAAACUUGACCCAGAACUCAGGUUUCAAUGGAUUCACACCCUUGGUGACUCUUCUCUUGAGGCACAUCAUUGAGGACCCUUGUACUCUUCAUCAUACCAUGGAAAAAGUUGUAAGAUCUGCUGCUACAAGUGGAGCAGGGAACACUACCUCUGGGGUUGUGUCUGGUAGCUUUGGGUCUCGAGAGAUCAACUACAUCCUUCGUGUUCUUGGACCUGCUGCCUGCCGUAAUCCAGACGUCUUUACUGAAGUCACAAGGGGAUGUGUCCGUAUUGCCCUUCCUGCUCCAAGAGGCUCUGGGACUACAUCAGAUGAUGAAUUUGAGAAUCUGAGAAUCAAAGGGCCAAAUGCUGUACAACUGGUGAAGACAACCCCAGUUAAGCCUUCUCCUCUACCUAUCAUUCCUGACACCAUCAAAGAAGUGAUAUAUGACAUGCUCAAUGCCUUGGCUGCUUACCAUGCUCCAGAAGAAGAUAAGUCUCAACCUAAAUCUGGAGUGAUGACUCAGGAAGUUAGUCAGAUUCUGCAAGACAUGGGGGUUGAUGUGUAUCAGCAGUAUAGCUCACUAACACAACAAGGCAGUGACUUUGACACCCAGACUGGUUUCACUAUCAAUGCACAAGUCUUUGCUGCAGGUGGUACAUUUACUGAGACACCCCAGUCAGGUACUCCUCAAGGAGAAGUUUUGACUUCGGAAGAAUCUCGAGAAGAGAGAAAGGACAAGGAAGGGAACUGGGCAUCUGAAGAAAGCAAACAGAAAGCCAAAGACAGCAAACCUUUAAUGCCAACCUCCACCAUCCUUAGGCUAUUGGCUGAGUUGGUGAGGUCCUAUGUUGGCAUUGCCACUUUGAUUGCCGGUUACAACUACACUGUGGGCCAGUCUGAACUAAUCAAAGAGGACUGCAGUGUUCUGGCAUUUGUCCUGGACCACCUCCUUCCUCAUACCCAGAGUGCAGAAGAUAGGGACACUCCAGCUCUGGCCCGCCUUUUUCUUGCCAGCCUAGCUACAGCAGGCAGUGGAACAGAUGCUCAAGUGGCUUUGGUAAAUGAAGUGAAAGCAGCUUUAAACCGAGCACUGGCAAUGGCUGAGAGUACAGAAAAACAUUCCAGACUUCAGGCCGUGAUGUGCAUCAUCAGUACCAUAAUGGAAUCCUGUCCAUCUACAUCCAGCUUUUACAGCAGUGCCACCGCAAAGACCCAACACAAUGGCAUGAAUAACAUCAUAAGACUCUUUUUGAAGAAAGGACUAGUGAAUGACUUGGCUCGAGUACCACAUAGUCUUGACCUCUCCAGUCCUAACAUGGCCAACACUGUCAAUGCUGCCCUGAAGCCUUUGGAGACACUGUCACGGAUUGUGAACCAACCAAGUAGCCUGUUUGGCAGCAAGACUAAUUCCAGCAAGAGUAAAUCUGAGCAAGAUACCCAAGGAACAUCUCAAGGUGCUAACAACAACACACAGGACUCAGGAUUAACUGGUGAGGCAGAAGUGCAUGAAGAGGAUCAUGAUGUCACUCAGACAGAGGUAGCAGACAUGGAUUUAAUGGAAGGAGAAACUGAAAAUGAUACUGUUGUGAUUGCUGGGCAACCAGAGGUGCUUAGUACCCAGGAGAUGCAGGUAGAGAAUGAGCUGGAGGACCUGAUAGAUGAGUUGCUGGAGAGGGAUGGUGGAUCAGGAAACAGUACAAUCAGAGUGGGCAGAAGCGGAGAGGAUGAAUCACAGGAAGAUGUGUUGAUGGAUGAAGCUCCCUCCAACCUCAGCCAGGGUUCCACCUUACAGGCCAACCGAGAAGAUUCUAUGAAUAUCUUGGAUGCUGAAGAUGAGGAAGAGCACACUCAGGAAGAGGACAGCAGUGGUAGCAAUGAUGAUGAAGAUGAUAGUCAAGAUGAAGAAGAAGAAGAAGAGGAAGACGAUGAUGAUCAGGAUGAUGAAGAAGGUGAAGAGGGAGAUGAGGAUGAGGAUGAUGAUGGGUCUGAGAUGGAAUUGGAUGAAGAUUAUCCUGAUAUGAAUGCUUCUCCUCUGGUCCGGUUUGAACGCUUUGACAGAGACGAUGACCUCAUAAUUGAGUUUGACAGCAUGUUCUCCAGUGCUACAGACAUCCCCCCAUCACCAGGAAACAUACCUGCUACACAUCCACUGAUGGUACGGCAUGCAGACCAUAGCGCCCUUACUGUUGGUAGUGGCUCCUCUACCACCCGCCUUGCGCAAGGUAUUGGUCGAAGCCAGAGGACAUUGAGGCAAUUGACUGUCAACACAGGACACACAAUCCAUGUCCACUACCCUGGAAAUCGACAGCCCAAUCCUCCCAUUCUGCAGAGGUUACUGGGUCCUUCUGCUGCUGCAGAUAUUCUUCAGCUGAGUAGCAGUCUUCCCUUGCAAAGCCGGGGACGAGCACGUCUCCUAGUGGGUGACGAUGAUGUACGUAUCAUUGCCCGUUCAGAUGAUGAAUUGCUUGAUGACUUCUUCCAUGAUCAGAGCACAGCUACAAGCCAAGCAGGAACUCUUUCUGGCAUUCCCGCAGCCCUAACCCGGUGGACAGAAGAAUGCAAAGUUCUUGAUGCUGAGAGUAUGCAUGACUGUGUUUCUGUGGUAAAAGUGCCCAUCAUCAAUCACCUAGAGUCCCUGAGGGAUGAGGAGCUGGAGGAGAGGCGAGAGAAACGCAGGAAACAACUGGCUGAGGAAGAAGCUAAGAUAGCUGGCAUGGCUAAAGAAGAAAAAGAGAAUAAGGAUCAGAAUACACAGGGCACCACAUCCAAAACAAAUGAUACUACUGAACAGAAUCUCUCAGAUAGGACCACUAGACCUGAUAACUACCCAACUGCAAGUCCAGCAGAAGGCACCUCGGUUAGACCCAAACAAAAUGUUGUUACUCUGGAAACUUCUCAUCAGCAACCAUCUCUGCCACCCUCACCAGCUAUUGGAGAGCUGCCACAGCAGCUUCAUAUCCCAAAUAGACCACAGUCCUCUUCACAGCUUCUUAUGCCUGUGGAACAAGAAGUCUUAGGUUCCAGAAGACCAAGUAGUGAAACAGAGGCAAUACAAAUGGAGUUAUCACCAGCUCCCACGAUAACCUCAUCUCCAGAAAGGGCUGAGGAUUCAGAUGUCCUGGCUGCUGUGAACAAUCAGCUGGAGGGCUCUCCUAUGGAUACUAGCAGCCUGGCAUCCUGCAACCUGCAGGAGGGAGUUGGGCACAGUGUGAUAUCCAGCAGCAUCGAACCACUUAGGGUAGACACCACUGUGGAUAUUCCUCAGCUUAAUACCGAAACACAGGGCAGUGGAGAUGGGCCAAGUGAAUCCCCGCAACAGUCUGAAGACAGCUCUCCUCCAGGUUCAUCUUCUGAAAGUUCCUCCACUAGAGAUUCAGCUACAGCAAUUUCUGGUACAGAUUCUAGGGAUAAUCUAGAAGAGCCACUGCCUUCAACAAGCAGUGAAGAAGAAGCUCCUCUUGCAGGUAUUAAUCUUCCUGAGGGCGUAGAUCCCUCCUUUUUGGCUGCUCUGCCAGAUGACAUCCGACAAGAAGUAUUACAAAACCAGCUGGGCAUCCAACCUCCUGGAAGGGGCACUCCAGCAACCACCAAUCCAGUUCGUCCUGUGGUUGGGAACCCUAGUUUGACUGAAGUAAACCCAGAAUUCCUGGCUGCUUUGCCUCCAGCUAUUCAAGAAGAGGUGUUAGCUCAACAGAGGGCUGAGCAGCAGAGGCGAGAACUGGCACAGAAUGCUAGUUCAGAUACCCCAAUGGACCCAGUGACCUUCAUCCAGACAUUACCGUCAGACCUACGCCGGAGUGUUUUAGAAGAUAUGGAAGACAGUGUAUUAGCUGUUAUGCCACCAGACAUUGCUGCAGAAGCACAAGCCUUACGGCGGGAACAGGAAGCGUGGCAGAGACAGCUUAUGCAUGAGAGGUUGUUUGGACAUAGUAGCACUUCAGCACUCUCUGCCAUCCUUCGAAGUCCAGCCUUCACAAGUCGCCUGAGUGGUAAUCGAGGAGUCCAGUACACACGACUUGCUGUUCAGAGAGGUGGCACUUUCCAGAUGGGAGGAACCAGUAGGCACAGCAGACCCUCAGGCAGUAACAUGGAAAGCUUUCUCCGCCUCCGUGGCCGUCUCCUUCUGGACCAUGAAGCUUUGUCUUGCCUUCUUGUCCUUCUUUUUGUUGAUGAACCCAAGCUAAAUACAAGUCGCCUGCACAGGGUCCUACGUAACCUCUGCUACCAUGCACAAACACGCCAUUGGGUUAUCAGAAGUCUGCUUUCCAUCCUGCAGCGUAGCAGUGAGAAGGAGUUUUGCAUAGAAAUGCCGAAGUCAGUUGCUUCUGAGGACAAAGGAAAGAAGUUAUCAAAAGGUUGUACCUCAGGCAGUCUUGACCAUCGGUCCUUGGACCUGUUGCAUAAGAUGGAAUCUAAGAGUUCCAGUCAGCUUUCUUGGCUGUCUGUGUCCAUGGAUGCAGCCUUGGGCUGCCGAACUAAUAUAUUCCAGAUUCAAAGGUCAGGAGGUCGAAAACACAUGGAGAAACAUGCUGGUUGUGGUUCUGCUGUCCACAUCCACCCUCAGGCUGCACCAGUGGUCUGCAGACAUGUUCUAGACACACUUAUUCAGUUAGCCAAGGUAUUUCCUAGCCAUUUCACACAACAGUGGACCAAAGAGAUAAACUGUGAGAGUGAUCGGGAGAGGAGCAACAAACAGGCCGGCAGCCCUUGCCCUGGGCAGUCCUCUAGUACUGGCCUCUCCACUGACUUCUGGGACUUGUUGGUAAAACUUGACAACAUGAAUGUCAGCCGUAAAGGGAAAAGUUCCGUCAGGUCUGUACCUGUGAGCGCCGGUGGUGAGGGAGAGACAUUUCCACACAGUCUUGAGGCUUCACCAUUGGGGCAGCUCAUGAACAUGUUGUCCCACCCAGUCAUCCGACGGAGCUCCCUCUUGACUGAAAAGCUUCUCAGACUCCUGUCUCUCAUCUCCAUUGCUCUCCCAGAAAACAAAAUGCCAGAAGUACUGGCUAACUAUGCCACCAGUAGUUCUUCCACUGCCACCGCCACCGCCACAGUUGUCACUGCUCCUGUCACACCUGUCUUUGCCCUAGAAAUAACUGGGGCUCCAGAAUUGACAACAUCCACUACUGCUUCAAUUUCUAGUACUAAGAAUAUCAAAUCCCCAGCAAAGUCUGGUGAAGGGGGAUGUACUGACAAGAUAGUGGCCCCAGGCCUAACAGAAAACCAGCUUCAACUCUCUGUGGAGGUAUUGACAUCACACUGCUGUUCGGAGGAAGGUCUAGAAGAUGCAGCCAAUGUCUUACUACAGCUCUCCAGGGGGGACCCCUUGACUCGAGACACUAUACUCAAGCUGCUUUUGAAUGGUGCAAGACACCUCGGUUACACUCUCUGCAAGCAAAUUGGGACCCUUUUGGCUGAACUUCGAGAAUACAACUUGGAACAGCUACGUCGAACCCAUAGUGAGACUCUUUCUCCGGACUGUCUACCUGAAGAACAGCCACAAGCCACUAAGUUGAAAGGAAAAAUGCAGAGCAGGUUUGAUACUGCCGAGAAUGUGGUGAUAGUGGCCUCUCAGAAACGCCCUUUGGGUGGCCGAGAGCUACAGCUACCUUCUAUGUCCAUGCUGACGUCCAAGACAUCCACCCAGAAGUUUUUCUUACGAGUACUACAAGUCAUUAUUCAGCUUCGAGAUGACACUCGAAGGGCUAACAAGAAAGCCAAGCAAAUAGGCAGGCUAGGUGCUUCUGGCCUGGGCUCGGCUAGCAGCAUCCAGGCAGCUGUUCGGCAGCUGGAGGCUGAGGCUGAUACCAUUAUACAAAUGGUACGUGAGGGUCAAAGGGCGAGGACACAGCAACAAGCAGCAAUGUCGGAGUCAAGACAAUCAGAGGUUUCUGCCGGAAGAGAUGAAUCUCCCAUGGAUGUGGACCAGCCAUCCCCUAUCACUCGAGAUGUACAACCUAUUGGCUCUGAAGGACCUCAACAGGGAGAGAAGGAAAAAGAAGAAAGGUCCCCGGACCUUCCAUUACUAAGUGAACAGUUGAGCCUGGAUGAGCUUUGGGACAUGCUCGGGGAAUGUUUGAAAGAACUAGAGGAAUCCCAUGACCAGCAUGCUGUGUUAGUGCUGCAGCCUGCUGUGGAAGCUUUUUUUUUAGUACAUGCUACAGAGCGCGAGAGCAAGCCACCUGUAAGGGACACCCGUGAGAGCCAGCUUGCCCACAUCAAAGAUGAGCCUCCACCACUUUCUCCUGCACCUUUGACCCCUGCUACUCCUUCCUCCCUGGACCCAUUCUUCUCCAGGGAGCCUUCAUCUAUGCAUAUCUCCUCCAGUCUGCCCCCUGACACACAGAAGUUCCUUCGAUUUGCUGAAACUCAUCAAACUGUGUUAAACCAGAUCCUACGUCAGUCUACAACCCACCUUUCAGAUGGGCCCUUUGCUGUCCUUGUGGACUACAUCCGGGUCCUUGAUUUUGAUGUAAAGCGCAAGUAUUUCCGCCAAGAACUAGAGCGGCUAGAUGAGGGGCUCCGGAAAGAAGACAUGGCUGUACAUGUCCGUCGUGAUCAUGUUUUUGAAGACUCUUACCGUGAGCUUCAUCGAAAGUCACCUGAGGAAAUGAAGAAUCGAUUGUAUAUUGUAUUUGAAGGAGAAGAAGGCCAAGAUGCUGGAGGACUGCUUCGGGAGUGGUACAUGAUCAUCUCAAGGGAGAUGUUUAACCCUAUGUAUGCCUUGUUUCGGACUUCACCAGGUGACCGUGUCACCUAUACCAUCAACCCUUCCUCCCAUUGUAACCCCAACCACCUCAGUUACUUCAAGUUUGUUGGGCGUAUUGUGGCUAAGGCUGUAUAUGACAACCGUCUCCUAGAGUGCUACUUCACUAGAUCCUUCUAUAAACACAUCCUAGGCAAGUCAGUCAGGUAUACUGAUAUGGAGAGUGAAGACUACCACUUUUACCAGGGCCUAGUCUACCUGCUGGAAAAUGAUGUCUCUUCACUUGGAUAUGAUCUUACUUUCAGUACUGAGGUUCAAGAGUUUGGAGUCUGUGAGGUUCGGGACCUCAAGCCAAAUGGAUCUAAUACUCUGGUAACUGAGGAGAACAAAAAGGAAUAUGUACAUUUGGUUUGCCAGAUGAGAAUGACAGGAGCAAUCCGGAAACAGCUAGCUGCCUUUCUGGAUGGCUUUUAUGAAAUUAUCCCCAAGCGUCUCAUUUCCAUCUUUACGGAGCAGGAGCUAGAACUUCUAAUCUCAGGCCUUCCCACAAUUGAUAUUGAUGACCUAAAAUCAAACACUGAGUAUCACAAGUACCAGUCUAAUUCCAUACAGAUCCAGUGGUUCUGGAGAGCUCUUCGCUCUUUUGAUCAGGCAGACCGGGCCAAAUUCCUCCAGUUUGUUACAGGCACUUCAAAGGUACCUCUUCAGGGCUUUGCAGCACUUGAAGGAAUGAAUGGUAUUCAGAAAUUCCAGAUUCACCGUGAUGACAGGUCCACAGACCGCUUACCUUCAGCUCAUACUUGUUUUAAUCAGCUAGACCUACCUGCUUAUGAGAGCUACGAGAAGUUACGCCAUAUGCUGCUGUUGGCUAUACAGGAGUGCUCAGAGGGCUUCGGACUAGCAUAAAUCCUAAGGGCUGUGCAGCACCACUCCAUGCUGUUGCUAUUUUUUCUACUCUCAGACUUGGGAAAGAAAAGCAGAAAAAGGGAAAAUUUCCCCCAAAAGCAAAACCUUCAGAAACAGACCACAGAAGAAAGCGUAACCAACCAAUAAAUAAAUUAAACCGAGUUAUC